ACUUGUCACAAUGCACAUGUUUCCAAAAGUCGCCGCUAGGUGUUUGAGCGGAGUGUUCGUUUGUAAAUUAAACAAAAAAAACUAAAACAACGUGAAAAUAAAUCAUAAAGUGCGCGAAAAAAUUGUUAUUUUCUCUGUUAAUGGUGAAAGGGAGCAACAUGCAAGAUUCUCAGGCAUGUACGCAAACUCAGACGCAAUACUACUCCGAAUCACAGAACACACAACAGACAAUUGUUCAGCGGGUAACAAGAAAUCCAUGGGGGCGCGUUAUUAUUCACAAAAUGCGCCCCAAAGUGCCCCAACAACAUGGCUCAACGCAAUCCAGCCUCAAUGAAUUCCAAUCUGUGGGAAUUCUAUCAGAACACGAUUUGUGCGAAGAGGAGUGGACAUGUGGACGUUUGAGUGAAGCCCACUUUACGCUUUCAAAGAAUGAAAUGCCCGAAGGGGAAAUUUUAAAAUUGAGCAAAAUCCAAUUUAUCAUUCGACGCAAUUUGAGUCAUCCCCUCAAUCCGCCCAUCAUUGAGGACAAAUCCACAAAUGGUACCUUUGUGGGGCUGUCCCGCGUGGGGAAGGGACGUUGCAGGGUGCUCCGGAAUAAGGAUAGUAUUUCGAUUUUAAUGCCAAAAUUCACAUUGUUCACUUUUAUUGAUCUCCACGUGAACUGUACGCUGGAGCUGCCACCGGAGAUUGCACAGCAGUACUAUGUUGGUCCGAAAUUGGGUGCUGGUGGCUGUGGGGAGGUGACCAAAGUCUUCCGGGUGCGCUGCUGUACGCCAUUUGCGAUGAAAAUCGUGAAAAAGUGUCGCUUUACGGAGAAUUUUGGGCAAUCAGGGGCAACGGCGAAUACAGCCACGAGGAUUCUCAAUGAGAUUGAAAUUCUCAAGAAACUCCAACAUCCGUGCGUGAUUGAGAUGCACGAUAUUGUUGAUCGUCCGGAUGCUGUUUAUAUUUUUCUGGAGCUGAUGAAUGGUGGGGAUUUGUGUCAUCGUAUCACGUCGGACCCGAAGAAGUAUCUCACGGAGGAAAUUUCACGACUUUACUUCCUGCAGACGUGCUAUGCUGUGGAGUAUUUGCACAGGAAUAAGAUAACCCAUCGUGACCUGAAGCCAGACAACAUUCUCCUGGCAAGCAAUGAAAUGGUGACCCUUGUCAAGGUGACGGAUUUUGGGUUGAGUAAAUUCGUUCAGACGGAUUCCGUGAUGAAGACAAUGUGUGGGACACCGCAAUACGUGGCGCCGGAAGUGCUGAAACCCCAUACGGGUGCCUACACGGAAAAGGUGGACAUUUGGAGUUUGGGCGUGUUGCUCUAUACAACACUCUGCGGGGAUUUUCCCUUCAUCACGCGCAAUGGGCGACGACAAGCGAACUUGGGGGCACGCUUCCGGAGACUCACAGAAGCCGCCAAGACUGUUGUCUACGACUGCCUCCGGACGGAGGUGGAUAAACGCCCGGCUGUGAGUAAACUCCUCACGUACAAAUGGCUCACGCAUCCGGGAACAAUUGCACAAGCAAAGCAACUAAUGCACACUCACGCACAACGCACGCCACGACGCGCAUCCCGCGAUGAAACCACUGAGAAUGUGAGUCAAUUUCACGCAACUGUGGCCACAACACCCGUCCACCAACUCUCCGAUUCGCAAUUUAUGGAACCACCUGCCAAGAGAAUUCGCAUUGAGUACUCCUGACUCCCACCAAAAAGCCACCAUCAAAAACAAACCCUUUGUGAUCACACAGACACCAUUCCCACAACCAGGAGGAAUGCCAUCAUCCUCCCACUUCUUUCAUGGCUCCUUUUUCUUACACUGCUGACGAUGAAUUUAUUAUUUUUAAUAUAAUUUCUCUUUUUUUUUCUUUUCACUAAAAAUUUUUUAACAAAAAUCUCAAAGUUUGAGGUCAGACUACUAAGUUUUUCCCUUUUGAAAACAUCUUCUUGUGGAGAUAACAAACGUGAUGAGAAUGUGCCUUGUUUUUUCGUGUAAAAUAUUUAUGAGAUUUCUUUCUCACAGAAUGUUCUUAAGUUUUGAAAUGUUUAAAAAGAAAAUAAACCUGUAAAAA